AUGAAUGAACCAAGCGGCAACCCCAGCCAUGAUUCCUAUACAGUCGCAUGCAUCUGCCCGAUGGGAGUCGAACUGGCAGCAGUCGAAGCAAUGUUAGACCACAUCCAUGAAGGCCCUUUCUCAAAUAAGAAUAGUUACACACUAGGGCGAAUGGGAGUGCACAACAUUGUGAUUGCUGUUAUGCCAGAAAUUGGGAACAACACCGCCGCGACUGUAGCCACACAAUUACUUAACGAUUUCAAGUCUAUCAGAUUUGGAUUGCUUGUGGGUAUUGGCGGCGGCAUACCUGUGGAGGAUGAGUAUGAUAUUAGACUGGGAGAUGUGGUCGUCAGCAAAUCAACGGGGACAUUUGGCGGGGUUGUACAAUUCGAUCGAGGGAAAAUACUCUCCGGGGGGAAUUUCGAGCGGACAGGAUCACUAAAUAAGCCCCCAGCAGUUAUUGCUGCAAAUGUUGAAAAGUUGCAAGCACGGCAUAGAAGAGAGGGAAACAAACUCUCGACACACCUGGCAGAUAUGUUAGUAAGAUAUCCACAUAUGAAAGAAGAAGGGGAAUACUUCUAUCAAGGGUCUGAGCACGAUCGAUUGUUUGAGGCGACGUACAACCACCAGGGUGGUAAAACCUGCCGUCUCUGCGAUCAAAGUAAAGUUAUAGACCGCGAACCGCGCAGGAAUACGUCACCGAGGAUCUAUUAUGGUAACAUUGGCUCAUCUAACCAAGUUCUCAAAGACGCUAUUACUCGAGAUAAACUGCAAGAAGACCUUGGGAUCAUAUGCGUGGAGAUGGAGGCAGCUGGUUUAAUGGAUCAAUUCCCCUGCCUUGUUAUCCGAGGAAUAUGUGAUUACGCAGAUUCUCACAAAAACAAGCGGUGGCAGUCUUACGCCGCUGCUACAGCGGCUGCAUAUGCCAAAGAGCUACUCUCAAUUAUUCCAGCACAGGAGAUAGAUGCGGCAAAACAGGCGAUCGAAGCUCUGCAAAUCUCGAGAGAACAAGACCGCCUGCUAGACAUCCUCCUUUAUGCUAAGAACGCAGCUUAUAACUCACGCCUUUGGGAGCACAGUGACCGGUGCUUGCCAGACACGAGAGUCGAACUUAGAAAACAAAUUCGAGAAUGGAGCGAGGAACCAAGCAGCCCACCUAUCUUCUGGCUGAACGGUAUGGCUGGAACUGGCAAGUCAACAAUCGCUCGAGCGAUUGCGGAGGAAUUCGAAAAUAAGGGACAACUUGCAGCGAGUUUCUUUUUUAGCAGGGGCGGUGGAAAUCUGAGUCACGCAGGCGAAUUCGUGACUACAAUUGCAGUUCAGCUUGCCAAUCGGUCAAAACUCCUGAAGAACUAUAUAUGCGAAGCAGUUGAGGCUGAUCGGAGUAUCACUAGCCAAAAUCUACGUACCCAGUGGAAGCAGCUUGUUCUACUGCCAGUCUCUAAGUUGAAUCAAAACACAUCACGACCUUUCUUGUUUAUGGUUGAUGCGCUGGAUGAAUGCAACGGGGAUGAUGAUAUUACAUUAUUACUUCAUCUCUUCACUGGAAUGGAAGGCAUCCGGGUUUUCAUCACCAGCCGGCCAGAAACCCCAAUACGCCUAGGAUUCCGUAACAUGAAAGAAAUCUAUCAUCGUGAUUUAGCACUUCACGAGAUAUCACGCUCUAUUGUCGACCAGGAUAUAUCGACAUUCUUUCGGGACCGAUUCGGAAAAAUAAUCGAAAACUCUGAGCUUCUUCCACCGGAUUGGCCGUGGGAGGACAAAAUAACUACACUCGUUCGAAAUGCUGGCGGUUUGUUCAUUUACGCCGCAACAAUAUGUCGUUUCAUAGGUACACAAUCAAACCAGUGGCCACCUCAGGGACUGCUCGAAGUCUUUCUCCCUCGUGAUCAAAAUGAAUCAGGGUCGAAACUAGGGCAUAGCAUUCCUUCAGCCUCUCCGACCAAGGAACUCGAUGCAAUAUAUGGUCAAAUUCUAUAUCAUUCCCUCAAAGGCACUCAAGAGGAUGAGGACAAAAAGACUCUCGCUGCUCGCUUCCGGCAAGUCGUUGGUACUAUUGUCAUUCUCUCAGAGCCGCUCUCUGCUGUCGCUUUAGCGGAACUCCUAGGAGUUAACCAGGACGUAAUACACUGGAGUCUACGACAUUUACACUCUGUUCUCAACGUGCCCAAGGAUCAGGACUCAGAUAUUCGCCUGCUACAUCCCUCGUUUCGGGAUUUUCUCCUUGAUGAAAAAAGAUGCCACGAUCCGCAAUUCUGGAUAGACAAAAAAAUGGCACAUCAACAAUUAGCAGCAUGUUGUCUUAAACGGCUUUCAUGCAGCCAUAGUGGUUUGAAGCUCGAUAUUUGCAAUUUAAAGCAUCCCGGCACUUCUAUGGAAGAGAUUGACCCCUCUUUAGCAACAAAAACUAUACCACCGGAAAUGCAGUAUGCAUGUCAGUACUACGCUCAGCAUCUCCAGUUCAGCGAAGAAUAUCAAUGCGAUGGUAGUCCAGUCGAUAUCUUCUUGCGACGGCAUUUUCUUCAUUGGCUUGAGGCACUCUCUUUGAUAGGAAAGACUUCUCAAGCGGUUCAUGCUAUCGCAUUAUUAAAGUCUAGAGUCGAUAUCAUUCGAGGCCCUGAUCUUAGUGAUUUUCUAAAGGACGCACAUCAGUUCAUUCUCUAUAACCUAUCGAUGAUAAAACAAUCGCCCCUUCAAGUAUAUUGUUCCGCUCUUAUAUUUACAGACCAGCGGAGUUUGAUUCGCAAAAAGUUUACAGAUGAAAUGCAACGUUGGGUCAAGUCUGCUGUAACAAUAUGUAAGCCUACGCGAUUGAUACAAGUAUUGCAGAGUGAUGAUACAGGCUAUUUAAUUCCCUUAGCCUCUUCGCCCAAUGGCAAGAUGAUUGCAUCAGCAUCAGCAUCGGAAUCAUUUCAUAAGACAACAAUAAUACUCCAGGAUGCGAUUACAGGUGCAGGGCUGCAGAAAUUCGAUAUUUCUGCUCACUCGCCCAGCUUAAAGGUAGUGUUCUCAGCGGACAGCAAGAAGUUAGUCUCAGUAUCGUCUAAGAUGAUCUGGGUCCAUAAUGUAGCAACAGGUAUGGUUGUGUUGGGGAGGGAAUUCUAUGAAAGCCUCACUGAAAAUCAGAAGGUCGCAAUGGGUUCUGUCGAUUAUGUAUUCAUCUCACCAGACAGCAAGAUGGUGGCUGCACUGUCAAACAAUAGAGAUCUCCAUCUCUAUGAUACACAAACAGGCUCAUUCCUCCUAACGCUCGAACGAUAUUCAUCUACAGAUGAAUCUGUUGCUUACCCUAUUGAAAUCUCAACAAGCAGCAGGAUGGUAGCAUCAGGACUAAGAUGCUCAGAAUACAGUUGCCUUGGAAUAGUACUCUGGGACAUAGUGAAAGGUACAAUUUUACGUGUCCUUAGACCUAAAGGAGCGAGCACGUGUGCUCUAGCUUUCUCUCCGAAUGGCAAAAAGUUAGCGUCGGCGGUUGGGUGUGAAGUACAGCUCUGGGACACAGUAACUGGUGCGAUUUUACGAGCCGAGACUCAGUCAGACGCCAAGAUUCGAACCCUAUCGUUCUCGCCUAACGGCAAAACAGUGGGAAUUGGGGGUCAUGGAAUUCAACUCUGGGAUACGGAGGUGAACACCCUUCUACAAGUAAACGGUGAAAAUAGAGGCCGAGCUACGUACCUUUCUUUCUCGCCUGACAGUAAAGUGCUUGUAUCGGUGAUAGAAGAUGAGCCAAAGGUCUGGUUCUGGGACAUAGCGGCUAUCGAUGACGCAGUCCCACAAGAAAUCGAGGUUCAUACAUCCGGCGUCAAACUUGUGGUUGUCUCGCCCGACGGCACAAUGAUAGCCUCGAUGGGAUACCGGAAUGAAACAGUCUGGCUAUGGGAUGCAAAAACAGGUACAGCCUUACAUAUACAUCAAUGUGAGCCAGGAGUUGUUAAGGCUAUAAGGUUUUCACCGGAUAACAGAGCAAUGGUGUAUGGAACUCGUUCGGGCCUCUGUGUGGUUUUGGCUUGGAGCUUAGUAACUGGGACAUCGACAUCGACAUUCCAGGUACUAUGGAAGGCUCAGGGCCACAAGGAACCUAUCAAGAGCAUAGCUUUCUCGCCAAACAACAAAAUGGCAGCUUCUGCAUCAGAGGAUGGAACAAUCCGGCUUUGGGACGGGGCUACUGGUGCCGCUCUUCAAACAUUCAAGGGCCAUGAGAGUUGGGCUUAUAUCCAGGCUACGGAAAAUACUUCAGGACAAUAUACGGGUUUUGAUUGUGUAGCAUUUUCACCGGACAGUAAAACAGUGGUUUCGGGGUCGCGGGACGGAACUAUCGAACUCUGGGACAUAGCAACAGGCGCAUGUCUACAAAUACCCGUGGAAGCCGAUGCAGAAUAUUUUAGGGCUGUAACCGUCUCACCAGACAGCCGGAUGAUCGUGUCGAUGAUGUGCAUUUCUUCCGAAGCCGUACUGAAAAUAUGGGAUAGAAAAACAGGCACGUCAUCGCAAAUAGUCUGCGAACCCUGGUAUUUAGAUUGGUUUUAUAGCCAGCCUCACAAUUUCAGGCUAGAUUUCACUGCAGACAGUCAACACCUGGAAACCAGUGUUGGGCUACUAGAAAUCCAACUCAGUCCGGAUGAAAAUUCAAAAUUAGGUCCCGAACUACAACCCCUCAAUGAAAUCCUUAUAGAUGCAGACGAGGUUUGGAUAGGAAACGAUGGCAAAUUCUACAUCAUAAUCCCUUCUCACUACGAAAUAAGUUGCUUUGACUUUGAUUUUCGGCACAACAUACUCGCAAUGGGAAAUAAAUCUGGCGAUCUCACGUUUAUCGAGUUCAAUUGA